CCAGCUCCCCGCGCUCCGCCCCUGCUUCCUGCGUCCCGGACGCGCCCCCGGGCCGCGCUCGUCUGACCGUCCCCUGCUUCUCCCCCUCCCCAGCAGGUCGGCGGGCUUCUGGAGGCCCUGGCUGGACAGCCCCGGGGACCCCCGAGGACGCGCUCAGCCCCUCGUCCCACCGGAAAUGCCCGGCGGCCCCGGGAGCAGCGGAGCCUCCGGAAAGCUUUCGCAGUACAGACACCCCGUCAGGUACCUCUGAAACAAGGCAGAAGUCUUAUGGAUUGGAUUAGAUUAACCAAAAGUGGAAAGGAUCUAACAGGAUUAAAGGGAAGGUUAAUUGAAGUCAGUGAAGAAGAACUUAAAAAACACAACACAAAAGAUGAUUGUUGGAUAUGCAUACGAGGGUUUGUUUAUAAUGUCAGUCCAUAUAUGGAGUAUCACCCUGGUGGAGAAGAUGAACUGAUGAAAGCAGCAGGAGCAGAUGGUACUGAACUUUUUGAUCAGGUUCAUCGAUGGGUCAAUUAUGAGUCCAUGCUGAAAGAAUGUCUGGUUGGCAGAAUGGCAGUCAAACCUGCAAUUUGUAAAGACUCUCAAGAGGAAAAGAAAGUCAUAAAUGGCAUGCUUCCCAGAAACCAAGUAACCGAAAAGUGUGCCAAAGAAGGCCCUAGUUCUCCAAGCUAUGACUGGUUCCAAACCGAUUCUUUAGUCACCAUUGCCAUAUAUACCAAACAGAAGAAGGAUGUCAAUUUAGAUUCAAUAAUAGUUGAUCAUAAGGAUGAUUCCUUUAGAGCAGAAACAAUUAUCAACGAUUAUUCAUAUCUUAUACAUAUUAAACUAAGCCAUGAGAUUCAAGAGUUUUCUGUGCGGAUUAUUGAGAUUGUGGGGAAGAUAGAGAUUGUCCUCCAGAAAAAAGAGAAAACUUCUUGGAAGUAUCUUGGUCAUCCCCUGGAAGCUCAUAAUUCAUUUAUUCCAAAGAAAGAUAGAGGUUUGUACUACAGAAACUGUCAGUUAAUUUCCAAAGAGCUUGUUACUCAUGAUACAAAGCUUUUCUGCCUGUUGCUGCCACCAAGCUCUCAUCUCCAGGUGCCAAUUGGGCAACAUGUUUACUUCAAGCUAACUAUCUCAGGUAAAGAGAUAGUGAAGCCAUAUACACCUGUGUGUGGUUCCUUACUCCCAACUUACAAGGAACCAGUUCUUCACAAUGAUAAACACAUUUAUUUUUUGAUCAAAAUCUAUCCUACUGGACUCCUCACACCAGAACUUGAUCAUCUUCAGAUUGGAGAUUUUGUUUCUGUAAGCAGUCCCGAGGGCAGUUUUAAAAUAUCCCAGCUCCAAGAAUUAGAAGAUCUCUUUUUAUUGGCAGCUGGAACAGGCUUCACACCCAUGGUUAAAAUACUGAAUUAUGCUUUGACUAAUAUACCCAGUCUCAGGAAAGUGAAGCUGAUGUUCUUCAAUAAAACAGAGGAUGAUAUAAUUUGGAGAAACCAGUUGGAGAAAUUAGCAUAUCAAGAUAAAAGAUUUGAUACUGAAUUUGUUCUCUCAGCACCUACUUCUGAAUGGAAUGGCAAACAGGGACAUAUUUCACCAGCUCUUCUUUCUGAAUUUUUGGAAAGAAGUUCAGAGAAAUCCAGAGUCCUUAUCUGCAUUUGUGGCCCACCACCAUUUACAGAAAAAGGAGUAAGGUUGCUGCAUGAUCUUAACUUCUCUGAAGAGGAGAUCCAUAGUUUCACAGGAUAAUGAAGAGCUGCCACUGUACUUAACUGUUUAUCUAAAUUUGUGAUUGUUGAGGGUUUUCUAAGCAACUUUUUUGUGUAUCUUGGAAGGUUCACUAGAAUCCAGGCUUCAGUUUCUUAAAUGAAAUCAAAUGUUCCUACAGUAUAGAUAACUUGUUGGUUUAUUUUGUACUGUAACUUAUUUUACUACUGAUACUUGACCUGGAAAGUCAAUCAUGGCAACAAAUACAUACAGGAUUCUUUAUUAGGAAUCACAAAGUUCUUUGCCAUUUAAACUUUAUCACUGUUCUACAGUAAGCUCUUGUGUUUUAUGAUAUGAUAAAUGAUCAUUUUGAUCACAUUUCUAUGCUAUAAAAUGUCUUAUUAGCAAUACAGAUUAAAUUUUACAUUGCACUGUCAACUCAGGAAAUGAUUGUUUAUGUCCUUGUUACUAAUAUCAAAACAUGGAAUGUUGAAUUUAUGUGAUCCAAACAUUUUGUGUGUACACAGUGUUGAUACAAAGUCAAUAAAAAUAUACCUAAGCACUUUUUAAUCAUUGUGUUAAAAAUGUAUUUGAAUGCAACAGUUGCUAAGGAAAAUAAUUGAGUUGCCUGUGUAUGUAGUGGGGCCAUACCUGGCGGUGCUCAGGGAUCAGUCUUGGUGGUGCUGGGGGGACCAUAUGUGGUGCUGGGGAUCAGGCAGGGCUGAGCUGUAUGCACAGCAGGUGCCUUAACUCCUGUACUAUCUCUGGGGACUUAUCUAAGGGAAAUGUAAAAGAGCAACAAUAAAAGAUAUGGAAGAAAACUCAUAUAUGAAUGAUUUUAGGUGUGUUGGACAGCUGAAGAGACUGUGGUCCCAACUAAAAUCAGAGUCAUCAAAACAGAAUGAAAAUGAAACCUCUUGCUUGAGAGCCUAAAAUAAAUAAUUUGUUCUGUGGAGUACAUUACAUGUUAAUUCCUUUGAGCCCACCUAACCAGCGAGAGAAUGACGAACACUGAAUUGCCCACUGGUGAUUCAGCCUAGAGCCCACCUGAGUGCUGUGCGUGGACAGCUUACUCAUUCUCUCUUCCUGCUGCUGUGUGCAACUUUCAGAUCCUUGCCCGCACUGAAAUUGAGCUAAGGGUGUCAAGAAAAUCAUCCUGAGCCUUCCAGGAGGAAUCACCGUUGAGCACAGGAUUUUUCAUGGAUUGUAGCUGUGUUUUCAGCAGCACAGAGUAUAAGGGUUCUCACGUUUCCUGUAAAUGAUUUUUGCUCCAUCUUUGUUGAAUGAUUGAAACUCCCAUGAGGAACACAGUAUUAAUUGCCUCGAGUUACAAACACCCAGCUCACGAAGCUCCUAUGUGCACAUGAUCGGUUAGAAAGUCUCAUUUUCCUGAGACUCCCUCCUCUUUGACCACGUCUGCCCUCAUCAACACUGGCCCAGGCAGGAAGCCCUCUCAAGCUCACCGUGCUCCCUAUAGGAACAUGCUCCCAUCCCUGC